CAUCUUUCUGAGCAGGCCGCAGUCCGUGCGAAGAAGUGAAGGAAAUCCAUUAUCCAACGACACCCGGUACUUUAGGGCCCUACGAAAAAAGCAGUCUACAGCCAGUAGCAGCAAACAAUAAAGAUGUCGAUGAUUUCCGCCCGUUUGGCUGCCUCGGUGGCCCGCAGCCUGCCGAGAACCGCUGGCCAGCUGCUUUGUAAAAUGGCCGUUCCGGCCGUUUCGGUUGCCGCUCGCAACUUCCACGUUUCCACUGCCACCCGCGGCGCCGAGAUCUCGGCCAUCCUCGAGGAGCGCAUCCUCGGAUCGGCGCCGAAAGCUGACCUGGAGGAGACUGGCCGUGUGCUGAGCAUCGGUGACGGUAUUGCUCGCGUGUACGGCCUCAAGAACAUCCAAGCCGAUGAGAUGGUGGAGUUCUCCUCCGGUCUGAAGGGUAUGGCCCUUAACUUGGAGCCGGACAACGUCGGUGUCGUCGUGUUCGGUAAUGACAAGCUGAUCAAGGAGGGUGACAUUGUCAAGCGUACCGGUGCCAUCGUCGACGUGCCGGUCGGUGAUGAGAUUCUUGGCCGUGUCGUUGAUGCGCUCGGAAACGCCAUUGAUGGUAAGGGCGAAAUCAAGACGAAGCAGCGUUUCCGUGUCGGUAUCAAGGCACCCGGCAUCAUCCCGCGUGUUUCUGUGCGCGAGCCCAUGCAGACCGGCAUCAAGGCCGUCGAUUCGCUCGUGCCGAUUGGACGUGGACAGCGUGAGCUGAUCAUCGGCGAUCGUCAGACUGGCAAGACCGCUUUGGCUAUCGAUACGAUCAUCAACCAGAAGCGCUUCAACGAUGGACAGGACGAGUCGAAGAAGCUGUACUGUAUCUACGUUGCCAUCGGUCAGAAGCGUUCCACCGUGGCACAAAUCGUGAAGCGUCUUACCGAUUCCGGUGCCAUGGGUUACACCAUCAUUGUGUCGGCCACAGCUUCCGAUGCCGCCCCACUGCAGUAUCUUGCCCCGUACUCGGGCUGCGCCAUGGGCGAGUACUUCCGCGACAACGGCAAGCACGCGCUCAUCAUCUACGACGAUUUGUCGAAGCAGGCCGUGGCCUACCGUCAGAUGUCGCUGCUGCUGCGUCGUCCCCCGGGUCGUGAGGCUUACCCCGGUGAUGUGUUCUACCUGCAUUCGCGUCUGCUGGAGCGUGCGGCCAAGAUGAGCCCGGUACUCGGAGGAGGUUCGCUGACUGCUCUGCCGGUCAUUGAAACCCAGGCCGGUGACGUGUCCGCCUACAUUCCAACCAAUGUCAUCUCGAUUACGGACGGACAGAUUUUCCUCGAGACGGAGUUGUUCUACAAGGGUAUCCGACCGGCCAUUAACGUCGGUUUGUCUGUAUCGCGUGUCGGUUCCGCUGCUCAAACGAAGGCCAUGAAGCAGGUCGCCGGCUCGAUGAAACUGGAGUUGGCUCAGUACCGUGAGGUGGCCGCUUUUGCCCAGUUCGGUUCGGAUCUGGAUGCUGCCACCCAGCAGCUUUUGAACCGUGGCGUGCGCUUGACGGAACUGUUGAAGCAGGGCCAGUACGUGCCGAUGGCUAUUGAGGAGCAGGUGGCCGUCAUCUAUUGCGGUGUGCGCGGUUACCUGGACAAGAUGGACCCGAGCAAGAUUACCAAGUUCGAGCGUGAAUUCUUGGCCCAUGUCAAGACGAACGAGAAGGCUCUUCUGCAGCAGAUCGCAACGGAGGGCAAGAUUUCGGACGAUGCCGAUGCCAAGCUGAAAUCUAUCGUCACUGGCUUCAUGUCGACGUUCUCGGGUUAAGCAGUUUCAAGCGAACGUACCGUAUGAGGAGAUAUUAAAAACGGAGUGUAGUUCCCGUAAACCGAUUUUUGCUUCUCUUUCUCUUAUAUUCUUGGGAGAAAGAAAGUGUGACGCGACGCGAGUUAAAAAAACACACAUAAACACAAGUUAAACGGGGAACGACGUCAAUUUGCGCUAUAAAAUGCAACUGUCUCAUGAUCACCAUCAUCUUUGCAAUUUGACAAAACAACAACACGAAAUACGGAGCGGUGCUACGAUUAUGUGUAUUAGGGCGAUAUGUAGAACUGGAAGAAAUUAAAUAAACAGCGAGCGACAGUCAUGGUCCAGGUGUGUUCGAGUUGCACCCAGCCGAGCGGCUCUUACGCUCCCGCGGGCUGACAAGUUUUAUUUCAGCUCGGCACCGUUACAAGGAGAGUAAGAAACGCAUCGUCUGGCGACCUGGAUUGGAGUGACUGAAUCAUAAAAAUCGA